UUGAUAUAUUUCCGACAUCCCUAAAAGGAACGGAGGAACUAUAUGAAAUAUACAAUACUUAAUUGUUGAUAUGGUUCCGACACGAAAGCGUAUUGUUAUAAUAAUUUGUGUGGUCGCUCUAUUAAUUUGUUUGUUAAGAAUAUUAUUCUGGAAUUCAGGUGCACCUUUUUUGACAAGCCAUCGGUACUACGAUAGAUAUGAAAGGCCGCCAAUACCCGUGGUGGUAAUGGUGUUUUAUGAGGCUUUGUGUCCGGACUCGAAGUAUUUCCUUACCAGGCAGCUACUUCCAACUUUCAAGGUCGCUUCAUCAAUAAUGGAAGUAAAACUUGCGCCAUAUGGCAAGGCAAGGACAAGCGAACUUGAUAACAAAGUUAUUUUUGACUGUCAGCACGGACCUGCGGAGUGCCAAGCAAAUAUUUACCACGCAUGUGCUGCAAAGAUAAUAGAAGACCCGCUCCUGCGACUACAAGUUGCAACAUGUAUGAUUAGAGACAAUCGUUUACCUCAAGAUGCUAUGCAUAAGAUUCAUUGGAACUGAUGGGUAUAUUGAAUGUAGUUGAUUAGUCAACAAUGAUAUCAA